AUGGCUUCAGUGCCGUCGGGCUCUGAGCCUGAGAGUGCCUCAAGCUACAAGCCCAGAUACAUCGAUAUUGGCAUAAACUUGUCAGAUCCCAUCUUUCGAGGCCGAUAUCACGGCAAACAACGGCACCCCGACGACCUCGCUGGUGUCAUCAGCAGAGCCCGCGAAGUCGGCUGCUCGAAACUCAUAGUCACGGGCUCUGACCUAGGCAACUCUCGCGAUGCUCUCCAGCUCGCAGACGAAUAUCCCGGGACUGUCUUUGCGACUGCCGGCAUUCACCCCUGUAGCAGUGCAGUCUUCAGUACUGUCGGUCCUUCCCACGAGUCUGAACAUACAACCCCGUGCGACCCAGACCCAGAAGCGCCAGUCUCCGAAGAGCAUCCCCCUGACGCUGAAAAGACAGAGAAGCUCAUUGCCGGCCUCAACACUUUGAUUUUCGAAGCGCGGACUUUAGAUAAGAAGCACCUAGUCGCCAUAGGCGAAUUCGGCCUCGAUUACGACCGUCUGCACUAUUGCUCCAAGGCCAUCCAGCUGCACUCGUUCGCCGCUCAGCUCAAAGUCGCCGCCUCUUUGAGCCCCCAGUUGCCCCUGUUCCUACACUCGAGAGCUGCACAUGCCGACUUCGUGCGGUUGCUCAAGGAAGCAUUCGGUGAGAAGCUGGAGAAGCUCGACAAGGGUGGCGUUGUUCACAGUUUCACUGGGACAGCCGAGGAGAUGCGGGAGUUGAUGGACCUGGGACUGUACAUCGGUAUCAACGGCUGCAGCUUCAAGACGGGUGACAACUGUGCCGUCGUCAAGGAGGUUAGUCUCGACCGGCUCAUGAUUGAGACGGACGGGCCCUGGUGUGAGGUCAGACCGAGCCACGAGGGCUGGAAGUACUUGAUUGAGAAGAAGGACAAGCCCGUAGGAGAAACAGAGCAGAACGGAUCUGCUGUUGCCCCUGAGACAGCGCCGAAACAGCAGAAGCAGAAGCAGAAGCAGCCCAAGAAUCAGAAGAGGGCGCCCGAAGUUCCUGACCGCUUCAAGGUGGUCAAGAAGGAAAAGUGGGAGGAGGGAGCCAUGGUCAAGGGCCGCAACGAGCCAUGCAGCAUCGAGCGCGUGGCCAAGAUUGUGGCGGGCAUUAAGGAGGUCAGCGUCGAGGAGGUGUGUGAGGCGUCAUGGCGGAACACGGUGGCGGUAUUUGGAGUAGAAGAUAACUGA